ACUACUGCGCCACUGUCGUUAGCAAAGCAUUUAGAAGAAAGCUAGCUCGCUGUUCAGGGGUCGAAACCGCUGCAGCUCCGCCGAUUUAGGACGACCUAAAUAUCGAUUUUACCGAAAAACAAGACAUUUUACUCGUAAAGGUCGUGUCUAAAUCGUGAGGGGUGAAAGUGAAGGUCAAGACAACCCCCAGCCCAAACUGAACCCAGGCCAAAGUGUCAGACAGACGACAACCCUGCACACAGACGCUAUGGAUCGUGCAUCUACAGCCAGCCUGAUGGCCAGCAGCAACGUCACCAACAAGACCGACCCACGCUCCCUCAACUCCCGGGUCUUCAUUGGUAACCUUAACACCCUGCUGGUCACCAAGGGAGACGUGGAGGCCAUCUUCGCCAAGUAUGGCAAGAUCGUGGGCUGCUCCGUGCACAAGGGUUACGCCUUUGUUCAGUACGCCAAUGAGAGGAACGCCCGUGCUGCUGUCACCGGAGAGGAUGGAAGGAUGAUUGUAGGACAAGUGCUUGACAUCAACUUGGCUGGAGAACCCAAACCACACCGGUCAAAAACCUCCAAACGUUCAGCUGGAGACAUGUACAGUAGUUCAUCAUUUGACCUCGACUUUGACUUCCAGCGAGAUUAUUACGACAGAAUGUACUCUUACCCGUCCCGCGUUCCCGCUCCUCCUCCUCCCUUGUCACGGCCUGUGAUUCCUUCCAAGCGUCCACGGGUCAGCCUGAGUGGAGGAAGCAGCCGCCGGACCAAGAGCAGCUUCUCCUCUUCAUCCAAGAGUAGCCAGAAAUCAUCUUCAUCCAGAACAAUAAAAAUAGAUGAGCUGCAGACCAUCAAGAGGGAAUUGAGCCAAAUCAAAUGCAAAGUGGACGACCUGCUGGACAGCCUGGAGCGCAUGGAGAAGGACCACAGCAAGAAGUCAGCAAUGAAAGCCGAGCCUGGAGAGGUGACUUCACCGCACCACCCAGGAAUCAAGGACGAUGACAUGAAGGAGUGCCAUGAGAUAAACGACUCAGACGAUGAAGUGGAGGAGGGGGAAGAGGGUGACCUGCUGGAGGAAGAAGAGGAGAAGAGGGAUGACGAUGAAGAUGACGACGACGACGAUGAUGAUGAGGAGGAGGAGGAAGGCGAGCAUGUGGAAGGAGAUGAAGAAGUUGACAGUGUCAAUGGUGAAGAGGAGUCGUAGGCUGACACGGGGCGGUCACACUGCUUUCCCUUUGGAACUUGGACUCUGUUUUAACACUUGUAUUGUAGAUUCAAAAAUGCAGAAAACACACAAAAGCAUGGCACAUCUGCAACAUUGUCCUGUUGUACCUGAAACCGUUUUUUUUCCCUGUAUUUGUUAAAUUUGCCAGUUGUCCAGUGUCACUGUCGCAGGAUUGGUUAGCUGUAGGUUUGGUGUUUUUACUGAGUCGUUACUGGUCAUUAGGAGAUGACAAAAUCAUGGACUGAUAAUGUUCUCAGAGAAGACAACUCGACGGACAUGUCUGAACGCAACACCCGAAAAUCCAGCUAUGAAAUAUAAUUUUUAGGUUUUCUGUGUUUUUCCCUCUUUGGUGAGGUAGUUUGACCCUGUGUGUCUGUUGUCAGUUUUUUUAUACUAUUUAGUUCAACUGUAAAGAAAUAAAUUGCAAUAAAACAUUAAAAUUCAAGGAAACUUUUUAUUUAUUUUUUUGUAGGG